UUUAUUUCUGAUGCACAGUCAAUUUCAUACUUCUCAGCACAUCAAAUAGUUGAAGGCACGUUUAAUUCAGGUGCCGCUUACCCAUGCUGCAGUUAUUUAGCAUCGCCGCACUCCUCGUGCAUCGCACUCGCCACUUCUCUCCAUUUUCUCUCUUCUAUUUGCAUCUCUCGCUCACCUGAGUACGAACACAUUGUUCAGGUACCAGACCUGUUGCCAGGUGACACUGAUGUGGUUAGAAACAGUUAUUUUGGUGAAGGUUGUGUGUGUUGGUGUUAUUUGGCUGUGUGAGAGCAGAUUGCCCUUGUCCCGUUUGUAGGGCAGUUAUGCCAUCAGUGGUGUAAAUUGUGCAGUCCCUUAUGCAAUCAUUUGGCGGCCAUUCACAUCCAAAUGCAGACUAUGACAAAACGUUCUUUGUCACUGUCUGUAGACACUUGCGUGUUCAGCUCUCACAUGUAAUGGAAAGUUGCUGAUGUUUUGUGGUUUUAAUCAUGGCUCAUUAUACUAAAGUUCAUGCAUUCAUGAGAAAAUUCCUCCGGGCAGCUCUUUGUUUUUGCUCUCUUUCGUAAAGGCCAUUUGGCAAGCACGGAGACGUUGCCGUGGUGCCGUGAGGGUCUGUCUGCCUGGCUGGAGAACCGCAACUGUUUGCUAGCUUUUUCUUUCUUAAUUGAAAAGAAUCUGUGACCUCCGUCCAGCACUUUCUCUUCUGCCGGUCUCUUCCCACAAGUAACAAGGCAAGAGCAGCACUGGGGAGGUUGAGGUGGGACCUGGGGAGCAAUUUCUCCCCCAAAGGGCUGUGGGGCAUUGGAACAGGCUGCCCAGGGCAGUGCUGGAGUCGCCGUUCCUGGAGGGCUGGACAGACGGACGUGAGGCUCUCGGACAGGGGUUAGAGGGGGCAGGGCAGUGCUGGGCGACGGUUGGACUCGAUGAUAUUAAAGGCCUUUUCCACUCAAAACGACUGUCAUCGUCUGGUUUUAAAUCGCGCAUGUGCCUGUCCCGCCUCCCCCCGCAGGUGCCGCGGCCUCGCUCGGCCCCGCCCGGUGCGGGAUGCGCUGCGGCCCCGCCCCGCGCCGGCUCCGCCCUCCCGCUGCCCGGGCGGGGCUGCGCUGCCGCAGGGAGCUGCGCGGGAGAGCCGCCUGCCGCCGCGCCCGCGCCGCCAUGGUCUCCUGGAUCAUCUCCCGCCUGGUGGUGCUCAUCUUCGGCACCCUGUACCCCGCGUACUCCUCCUACAAGGCCGUGAAGACGAAAAACGUGAAGGAAUAUGUGAAGUGGAUGAUGUACUGGAUCGUGUUUGCCUUUUUCACCACUGCGGAGACGCUCACAGACAUUGUUCUUUCUUGGAAAUUGAUGAAUACAUUACUCAGGCUCGUGACAAGAGCUAUGAAACCAUGAUGCGAGUUGGCAAGAGAGGGUUAAACCUUGCUGCCAAUGCAGCAGUUACUGCGGCUGCAAAGGGCCAGGGAGUUCUGUCUGAGAAGCUGCGGAGUUUCAGCAUGCAGGAUCUCACUCUGAUCCGGGAUGAGGAUACCGUGCAUCUGCGAAGCCGCGAGCCACAGCUGCACCCCGCUGCGGGGAGUCGCCUUGAAACCAUUGAGGAUUCAGCUUCCUGUUACUCCUCGGGGGAGGAGAGCAGCGUGGCGCAGAGGUCUAACGGGGCCCCGUCAGAGACCAGAACGGACCCAUCGGAUGAAGACGGAGGAGACAAACUUCCGAAACGUACCCAGAGUCUCAAAGCUCCUAAGAAGGUGAUGAAAACUGAGCUUCCAGUAAGAAGUGUGAAAGCCCGUCCUAAGAAGAAAGCUGCAGGCUCUCUUGCUUCUGGCGAGUCAUCCUAAGGAGACCUCCCCGUCCCAGCGCCCAUCGCUGCCCCGGGACCUGCCUGUUGCUUUUGAGGGGAAGCUCCCCGAAGGAAGUGAGCUGAGAUUCAUGUACAUAACAGAUACUGCUUUGUAGAGCUCAUUCCAAGGCAAGAGGGAGGCUGGGAUUCAGAAAAUGGAGCAGAGGAUACACAUCCUCAGGAAUUUUCUCCUUUUCAUCUCUCUCCUGAAGGGAAUGCCGGUAUGUCUGUACAUAGCCUGUUGCUUUGGAAUUCCCACCGUGUAACCCUAGUUGGGGAGGAUCUUUGCUAGAAGAGCUGACCAAGGUUAGAGACAUCCAUUGCACAGAAGCUGGAAAAAUAGUAGACACCGAAGUUUCACAGGGGUGGGUGGCAGCCUAAAACGUCUUCUCUUGCUCUGGGUAUUCUUCUGCAGCUUUGUGUUGCUAAGAAGUGCCCGCCCUGAUCCAUCCUCCUUACGAAUGGGCCGUACCUGUCCAUCCAUCCCCUUCGAGAACGUGACCGAAGUGGCGUACGCUGAGUGCUUCUGAACACGAAGGACUGGCUCACGGACGAGCGUGCCCUGUUCCUCUUUCUGGUACUAGAAGAUGAAGAGAUUUUUUUUUAAUUUUAUUUUUUCUGGAAGGUGAACAGAGAUAAUUGAAAAACUGAGUAAUGAAGAAAAUGUGCUGUUAUAUGCACAUGUGGUAGAGUAGAUGCUGGUAUCUGUAAGAGUUAACUGUUGAGAAGGGAAGUUGGGCAUCUGUAAGAUUUUGGCUCUUUUUGAAGCUGCUUGAAUUUUAUUUCAGGUUCUGUUGUUCACUUUGGUUCCUGAGAGCGCGGCGGAGCGCGGCGCGUCCUGUGCAGCGGGACACGCGGGCAGGGAGGCCGUUACUUUGCCAUUUAGGGGUUGAAUUCCACGCCAUCCUGAUGCUCGUUACUACAGACAAAUUCUCUCAUUCUGGCAGAUGACGGGGAAGUCUGGCUCACUGUGGUCUCUGGGCAUCCUUGAGAAUUUCAGAGGCCUGUAUCUCUGAGCUUGAGGAGAUUCAGUCCCCAGGGCGUGAGAACUGACGAAGAGCUGAUGCUAAUUCCAGGAUGCUGUUCGUGGGGGGUAAAAUGCAGGGAGUGGGGCACAGUGCUGUGAUUAAUCAGUUCUCUUGCUUUAUUGCACUGCAGCCCUUGCAUGAAUUUUCUGUCUGACCACGUGCCACGUUUGUCAGUGUCCUGAGACUCGAGAAAUACAUGACACUUGGAACAGAACUGUAUUGAAUGAAGAACAUGUAUUGUGGGAGGGACGCUGCGGUGUCACGCAGCCGGGCGGAGUCUGGUCUGCUGCACGUGCGGAGGGCAGGUCCUGGACCUGCGCCGGCGGGCGGUGGGAGCUGCGAUGGGGAGGGUUCCUGUUGGGGACGUCUGCCACGGGGCCCCUCCUUCCCCGCCGGCCGCUCGGCUCCAGGCGCAGGCGUCUGUGUUUGCCCGUGUCUCUUGUCACAGUUCCGAAGUUACCGAGGGUUCUCACAGAACCCAGUAUUUUGCUGUUGACAAUGUAUAGAAGCACUUCUGCAAGUAACAUUCCACAAGUAUUUCUGUCCUAAAGAACAGCGCUUCAGAAGUUCAUAAAGUUGAAGAUUAGGACUGCAUUUUUUCUUGUUCCCUCUUGUCUUGGUGGCAAAUUGUUACGAAUUGUCUAGUUAUUUUAGGAAGCCAAUUAAAUUGGUUUUACUUUUAUUUGUGGCUUUUAAAAAUGGAAGUCUUCACAGACCAUGUCAGAAACUUGCAUCCUGUCAGGAAUACUCACGUUAUCCAGCGGCCGGUAGAAACCCCUCCGUUUGGCUUUGAGUUUCGAGUUUCACAACAAACAAACCGCGCAAGUAUUUUGUUCUUUUUAGUUUGUUAGCAAACACUGUACGUGUGUCUCGCUAGUACACGCAAAAGCAUGUCCUGAAGCGGGAAUUCUUUCUGUUUCCAAAUGAAACUCCUCUUUCCAUAGGAGGGAUAAAAAUCUUUACUGAUUAUGUGGAAAAUUCAGCUGUGAUGAAUUGCUGACUGAAGUUUUACUGUACUGCAAAAAUUGGAACAAUUAUUCUCUAUAUACCAAAUAUCUCUAUGACCACAUUUCAUUUUCUUCUUCUCUUUUUUAACUCAAAAUGUCCAUAGCAAAUUAUUUAUGUAAAUCAUUGUGAGAGACUUGAUGUGGAAGCCGAGGGUUGGUUAGUCUCCCCUUAUGCCGUAUACUCCAUGCGCUUCCUACGCGUUGUCCUGGUCUGGGCUUACUCAGUGUUCAUACAGUGACUUUCCAGAACGUUCUCUAGAAUCAGUUCAUUUGUAGUAGCUCUUGCUGCUUUGAUGCUCAGGAGGAAUUUCUAAGACUGUUUUGGCAUUUGGAUUUACCUUUGUCUUCCUGAACUGAGUCCUGUGCCAAGUGUCUUGUACUCGGCUUUGGUGCUCGAUACCGUUAAGCUGGGGGUGAGUGUGGGUCAGUCGUAGGAGGUGAGCGCCUUUGGGUUGUGAGAGAGUCUGGAGUGGAGCCAGGGGCCGUCACCUGCUGUGUGGGGCGAGAGCAGCGUCUGUGCACGGAGCCCGUGCUCUGCCCGCUCGCCGGGCCGCUGGGCCCAGGUCCCCGCAGAUCCGCUCCCCGCGCGAGCGCUUGGCGGGUCUCUGGGCGUAGUUCUGCGUUGGGUGGCAAGGUCUGCGUAGAAAUUCUCUCGUUAACGAGGAUGCUGAACGUGCUCGUUUGAUAAAAUGCUCGUGUCAGCUGUUGUUCAGUGCUGUCAGCUGGAAGUGCUGGGAUGUGGUUUCUCUUGAGCAUCAUCUGUGGGCUUCAUUGUGCAAUUAAGCAAAUGGUUAAAUCUUCAUCUAGUGGUAGAAUUCACUGUGUUCAGUAAGCAUUUGUGCCCGUUUCCCAAUACCCCAGAGCACAGAGGGAAACGAACGCAGUAAGAGAGAAUUGUACUUGAAGUGGGGGGGCGGGGAGGUGCUACAUGUGUGUGCCCAAAAAUCAUCCUACAGUAGCUGUGCUGCGAGAUACAAAGUGAAGCCGUGACCGCCUUCUGGGAAGAAAUGUUGUAUCUCCCUGUUUUAUAAUAUUAUGAGCCAGUGUUCUGCUGUUGGAAAAGGAAAUAGUGAAAUGUGGUUUCCCUUCUGAGAAACUUGAUGAUUUGCUGCAUAAAAGGGAACAACGUUUUUUUGCUGGGCAGUAUCCUGCACGGUGGGUAAGAAAUAGGAAGACACAGAGCAGGCUGCUGUCCGGUUUUGAACCCUGCGCUUCAGCUGAACACCUUCAUUUCUUACUCUUCUUUAGUGAGUUUCUGAUUCUCCAGGCUUACGUUUCUGAGUCUGGGCAUCUGAUUUAUUUUAGACUGGGUGAACUUUGUGGGUAGAGUUGCUUUGUUUCUCAGCUCCAUCCUUUCAUGACCCGGUUAUGUUUCUUAUGUUUUCUCUUAUUAAGCAAAGUACUACUUCUGUUUUUCUGACUGUGGACACAUGAAAAAUACUGGUUUUUAGAGAUGAAAUUUAGCCUUUUUCCAGUAUUUAAUCCUACGACCUGGCAUCAUACAGUGCCUUGUACAAGAAGGCGUAAGGCUGGAUUCCCAGGUGGAGUCUGAGCGCGUUUCCCGUUCCUUGCAGCGGGUGCUGACUGACGCGAGUUCCCCGCGGCCCCUUUCGACAAGAGCGCUGGGCCAGAUCGCGUUAGAAGCGCGUUUGUGGAGAGCCCUGAAGGAGCAGGAGUUCGAGUCUCGUGUACUACGUGCCUGUCCGAGAAUGUCCAGUACAGGAUUUGUGGCGGCGGCAGACAGGCUGUCGUACCCACUGACCGAAAUGGGGCGCCCGGUCCCGCUCCGCGGCAGGCCGGGGAGGAGCGCCGCGCGGGAUGGCAGGCACACGAAAUACAGGGGAACUAAGGUUUUAUCAUAGGUUAUGCUUAGUAACUUACCAGAAGGAAAGCAAGUUGAAAAUUCUUGGUAACUUUAUAAAAUUAGGAUGCAAAUUAUCCUGAUCAUCAAACCUAGUAUUGAAUACAGACCUUUUGUACUCGUGCUGCUGUUUUUUUGGGAAAGCGCUGGAUUGCUGGACUCCUCACGUUUGACUCCUCUGUUAGAUGCUUUCUCACAUGAUGUGAAUGUCACACAAAUGAACUUUUUACUUUGAUAUGUGACCUUGCUGAGCUAUGUACGAGAUGGCGUUGGCUGAAUGGAAGCCCAGUAAGAGAAUGGAGAAGCCGAGAUAGGUCUCUCUGGGUAAAGGUGAGUGAAUGACCCUCCUUGAGGCGCAGGAGCCAGCGGCUGCGUGUGGCCGCUGGGUUUCGGGGCGGCGGCUGCGGGCGGUUCCGUGGGCGGGGCAGCGGGCUGUGCGCUCAGCCCGGGCCGCUGGGCGCUCCGCUCCAGCCGCUCCCGGGGGCUCGCUGAGACACCAGUGUUGGAGCAAAACUGUCCACAGAUCUUCUUGUUGUCCAUUCAAACCAUUUUCCAGCUGCAGGGACCAGCUUUGUAAAUGCAGUGUUUGUGAUGGAUUCCCCCCACUGCAAUUAACCAGUUUCUGUGUGUUUGUGUACUUUGGUAGUGUUGCCCUAAUUUAUACUCUGAAGUUUAUUGUAUCUCCUGAUAAGAAUGGGCAGUUUCUUUCAAUUGGAUCUAUAUUCUGUGAAAAUAGAAGCAAUUUUAAUCUAAAAAUACAGAUGUCUCUAACGGUUACUAUGGUAAUUUGUGACCAUGGCAACAGAGUUAGCAUUCUGAAGAGCACACAGGUUCGAGGGUUUUCUUAACCAUACGAGAUCAUAGGCGUACAAGGGACUUUGGCAUUGUCUCACCCAAGAUCUUCAUAGCCAAGCUGUCGAAGCACGGGCCGGAGGAGCAUGCAGUGAGGCGGAUAAAACGCCGGCUGAGCGGGCAGGCCCGGGGCCGUAGUGGGUCCCAAACUGGGGGCCGGCAGCUCGGCUCUGGGUCUGCUUCUCAUUAACGUCUUCGUUAACGGUCAAGGGGCAGAGUGCGCCCUCAGCAAGUUUGCUGAUAACACACAACUGUAACAGGAGGAGAGGCCGAUGUGCCAGAGGUUGUGCGGAAGCAGCAAGAGGUACAUGGAGAAUCUGCCCUUGCGUCUCAGAAGGUGUGGAGGCGGCCUGAGGCUCCCUCUGGUUUGGAAAGGGAGGGUGUUGUACCUGCAGCAUCGCAGGUGGAGGUGCAGACUGAAGAAGAGUCCAGGACGCACCAGGAGGUUACUGCAGGGAAGAGAAACAAGUUUAGAAUACGGCUGGGGAUUCUCUAUUGUCAGACUUUGUACAAAAAACUCAAGACAUUUCUGUUCUAUUUUCCCAUCAUGUGGUCGGAAAUAAAUAAACAAUAUAGUGCUUUCAGGCAGGAGCUACAAGUUGUGGAUUGCCGUGACAUAGUUGAGACCCCGAGAGCAUCUGUUGCGCUACAGGGAACACUCAGGAGUGAUAUAGUUACAUUUAUAUGGAAUCUGUUAUUGAGGGAGGUGGAAAGGACUCUCAUGGCUAAGCCUUCUAUCGAGUGAAUGGCUGUCUCUGCCAGCACAGAGCUAAUGUAAAGGCUCUUUACUUCGCAAUGCUCAAUGCCAGUUUUAUAAGGAAAUGUGCUGGAUAUAAGUUUGCCAAAGCCAAAUCACAGUAUUUUCCAAGCUUUCUUUUUUCCGUAGGCCCUGCCAAGGUAUCUAGCUACUGAAUGGAAAUUAAAGCAUUGCUGCAAUCACUUGCUAAUCUGGGGCAAUGGGUGUCUUGAAUUAACUAGUAUCUAAACUGCAUUUAGAAGUGGAUGUGUGUGGACGCCAGCUGCUGUGACCGCUCUGCGCUGGCCACAGGAACACAGCGGCUGAUCAGAGGCGAUACCCAGCGCUCAGCUCCCCGUCCCCGAUAUCCCGGUCUGUGUGACCAGUCUGGAAUCCACACGCGCUGGGAACGCCUCUUCCUGAGCUGUCACCUGCUGGCCGUGCUCCGGAGCACGGUGAUGGGACAGGGCUGCAUCCCUGGGCCGUGCUCCGGAGCACGGUGAUGGGACAGGGCUGCAUCCCUGGGCUGUGCUCCGGAGCAUGGUGAUGGGACAGGGCUGCAUCCCUGGGCCGUGCUCCGAAAUACGGUGAUGGGACAGGGCUGCAUCCCUGGGCUGUGCUCCGGAGCACGGUGAUGGGACAGGGCUGCAUCCCUGGGCUGUUCUGGGGAGAGGGAGUUGUUUGCAUUCUUUCACUGUUUUUUUUGUAGAAUCAUUAAAAGUUUGGUCACUUGCUGCAGUAUUGUGACUCGAGUGUAGAAACACCAAGGUGUUCCAGUCUCGCAUUUUGCUUGCUUUCCUACCCACAUUCUUUCUAGGUAUCUUUUUAUACUCUUUUGUGAACACUAUUAAAGAAAAUCAUGUGUUCUCUUUUCCACAUCUUGCUCUUUUGCUUUCAUUAAUUUUCUUCUAUUUCAAAGGGCCCGUUGUUUUUCUUCCAUUUCCCCCAGAGUAACCUACAAAAGCUUUACCGAUGCAGAUGUGCUUUCAUUCCGCUGGGUGGCAGCGAAUCCUCAUUUCUCGGUUGUUCUGGCAUUGCUGCUGGAAGCGGCUUUCCUGGCAAAGUUCCCCUUGGAGGCGCAAGGCUCUUGAACCUGUAAAUACAGCCUUUCUGUUGUGGUUAGAGAGUAUUUGGAAAAGCACAUUAUAUUAUGUCUGUUCAAGCUGUAUCAACUUGCUGAAGAUCGUAGUAGCUGGCAAAAAAGCAUCAUCCAAGGACUAAACUUUGCAUGUGACAUAUUGCUGCUGCUUUGUGUGGUGCUCCAGGCAUAACUGAACACAAGUGUAUGGUGGCACCUCUAAACAAAAGUUGCUUUGAUAGAGGCUCAGUUACUGAUGUGGGUGGGAGAGAGAGGUUCUGGAAGUUAGUUAUUCACUUUUUAAUUCCAGUUUAUUUUGACAGAUAAAUGUCUCAUAAUUUGAAUUGAAAUCUGUGUGUCAUUAGAAUAGGUUUACAGGCUUAUGAGUUGCAGGUAUGGCUUUUUGUUCUUUGCUAGUGAAUUCACAUAGUUUCUUUCCACCCCCUGCCCCAGUUUAUUAUUAUUGAUACCUGUGAAUAUUUUCCUUUAAAAGGCUGCUGUUCUGUUAUCUUCUCAAACUGUGCUCCUAAACCAUUUAAAUUUAUCUCCAUGUCUGUCUUAUGUGUCUUAUUCUUCUGCCUUUCUCCCUCUCCAUUGUUGAAUAAAGAUAUGAACAUUA